AUGAAGCCAACAAACAACCAACACACAACACGGAUUGCGGUUGUGGGCGUCGGCAACGUGGGCACCAGUGCUGCGUACGCUCUGACACUUGGCGGCAUCGCAGAGGAUCUACUUCUUGUCGAUAUCAGAGCCAGUGUGAGGGACAGUCUUGUUCGCGAUCUCUCUGAUGUGGCACAUGGCAUUAAAAGCCGCACACGCGUACGAGCGGCCACUUACCAGGAGGUAGGCCAAUGCGACAUUGUGGUACUUACUCCUGGCUCAGAGCGUUCACCAGGUGGGUAA